AUAAUGACCACCUUAUUUAUUUAUUAUGUUCUUAUUUAGCUAUAUAUCCAUCUCAUUAUUAUUUGUAUGAUUGUUUCCCUGUGCCCUUUUCAUAUGCACUGUGGUUUAUAACAAUAACCCAUAAAGGACAUUUGGCUAGAAAAUGGUUCUUGGUUUGAGGUCUAAGCAUCGGAAAGACGGUUCUGUUCAAGUAAAUUAUCUAGUUCAUGUACACGAGAUCAAGCCUUGGUUACCAUCAAGUCAAGCUUUAGCGCUACAAUGGGAAAAUGGCGAUCAAGUGUCGGGUUUUCUAUCCCCAGAUGUUAUAGAUUCCACGAUUGAGUUCAACAAAUCUUUCAUACUUCCAUUGAUAUUACGUAGAGAUAAAAGGGAUCGGGAUAAGUUCCAAAAAAACUAUUUAGAGUUCCACUUGUAUCAGCCUCGUAAGGAUAAACCAAAUAAAGAUGAGCUAUUAGGGUCUGCAAUAAUUAAUCUUGGUGAUUAUGGGAUCAUUGACAAUGUAUUGAAUCUUAGUCUCCCAUUCAUCUGGAAGAAGAGUUCGAAGUCUGUAGUAGAACCGGUUUUAUAUAUUAAUAUACAGUCAAAUGACAAAGACGAGACUAAUUCAUCUCGAAGUAGCUUAUCAAAGCAAUCUUCGUUGGAUAAGUAUGGGCAAGAAUCUGCAUCUGAAGUAGGAAACGAAGAAAAUGGCAGUGAACUGGGAAUAGCUGCUUUUACAGAUGAAGAUGAAGAUGAUGAUUAUACAAAUUCAUCAUAUUCACAUCACAAGGAUCAUGUGGAUGCCAAGAAGCAAGGUAAUGUUAAGCGGCAUGUUCUUCCAUCCGGAGGGGAUCCUCCCAAUAAUACUUCUUCGAAACCUCCUGAAAGAAGUAUGACAACAGUUCGAAAAGACAAUACUGCUCCUGCCCCAUUUCUUCAAUCAUCUUUCUCAACCAUGGUUUCGCACAAUAAGACGAUGGAGCCUAAGACUCACAUGAGAACCUUGGAACCUGAAAGCAGAACCCAUGGGACUCGAGAAGAUAUAAUAGACAAUCCACAGCCUGUUAUAAGUAGUUCUGUUAGUAAAACUCCAAUAAAUGUGGAAUCUUUGCAUGAUCAAAGUGCAAAUUCUGAGAGUGAGCAAGAUGAAAGAACUGCAGACGAGAAAAAGCAGUUCUCAGAAGACAAUCUUGUUGGUAAGUUUUUGGCUUCGAGAAAGCAAGAUAAAUUAAGGAGCAACACUCUAGUUUCUAUUAGAAAACCACCUGGGGGACAGGGAAGUGGUGUGUCAAGUAAUAGAUUAAAGCAUUUGAAAUCCGUUCAGUUACCUAAAGCCAGUGGGUUUUCUGGAAACGGGCUUCCAGUGGCUAGCCCAAAUAGGGCAGAUAAAGAUAAAGUCAUCCGGACUAAUAAUGACUCAUCUGAAACUGGAGCUAUAAAAAGUAAUUCUUUGAACGGUAAAGGUCAUGAUAGGUCUAGAAUAGAUAUGCUUGAAGAAGAGCUAAGGGAAACUGCUGCUAUUGAGGCUGGACUCUAUUCAAUUGUGGCUGAGCAUGGGAGCUCCACACAUAAGGUCCAUGCCCCUGCUCGACGUUUAUCUAGAUUCUAUUUACAUGCUUUCAAAGAAAAGGAUCAAGAAAGAAGGGUAAAUGCCGCAAGAGCUAUUAUCUCUGGACUUGUUUUGGUUUCCAAAUCAUGUGGAAAUGAUGUUCCGAGGUUAACUUUCUGGUUGUCAAAUACCUUUAUGUUGAGGGCAAUUGUCUCACAGAAUGUUGGAGAAUCGCCAUUUCGUGAUGCUCGAUCUACCGUAAAACACAAACAAGGUUCAAAGAAAGUACCUGAUGAAUGGCAGGACCCACAAACAUUCAUAAUUGCAUUUGGGAAGGUUGAAGCUUGGUUGUUUGCUCGAAUCAUCGAGUCCGUUUGGUGGCAGACCCUUACUCCACAUAUGCAAUCAGCGGCCACCAAUGCCAAUGGCAAAAUGAUGGGUCUAACUACAAAGAAAACGUCUGGAAGUAAAAAUGGGUUGGGUAAUCAACAAGGGAACUUUUCUAUUGAACUCUGGAAGAAAGCUUUUAAAGAUGUAUGUGAACGACUAUGCCCUACCCGAGCCGAGGGCCAUGAAUGUGGUUGCUUACCUGUGCUGCCUAGACUGGUGAUGGAACAGUUGGUGAGUAGACUUGAUGUUGCAAUGUUUAAUGCUAUUCUUCGUGAGUCAGCUGAAGAAAUGCCAACAGAUCCAUUAUCUGAUCCCAUUGGUGACCUGAGGGUCCUUCCUAUCCCUUCUGGAAAAUCAAGCUUUGGAGCCGGUGCUCAACUCAAAAACACUAUUGGGACAUGGUCUAGAUGGCUUACGGAUCUAUUUGGCAUUGAGGAGAACGACAAUAAUGAUGAUAGUGAUGAUAUUCUAGACAAAAAAGAAGAGUUUGAUACAUCUUUUAAGGCUUUUCGAUUACUCCAUGCACUGAGUGACCUCAUGAUGCUUCCUUUUGAAAUGCUUGCAGAUAAGGCCACUAGGAAGGAGGUUUGCCCAACGUUAUCUACUGCAUUGAUCAGAAGGGUUGUUUUUAGUUUUGUGCCAGAUGAGUUCUCUCCAAACCCUAUUCCCAAUUCACUGAUCGAGGCCCUGGAUGCAGAGGAUGACGAUAUAGUAGCAUUUGAAGGGUCUCUUAUUAACUUUCCAUGCAUUGCACCUGCACCGGCUUACACGCCACCUCCAUCACAUUCUCUUGCAGCCAUAAUCGGCACAGUUGGACCCCAAUCUUUAAGAAGAAGUUCAUCCGUGCUCAAGAAAUCCUACACUAGUGAUGAUGAGCUCGACGAGCUCGACUCACCCUUGACCUCAAUCCUCACAGAUGGCUCUCGGGUUUCCUCAAGUUCUAAAGGACCACAAUGGUUACCCAAAGGUGGAAGGCCUAUUGAAAGAUAUCAACUUCUUCGAGAAGUGUGGAAAGAUGGCGAAUAGGCGGCACAUUGUUUUUUUUGGUGAUCUUAUUCUGGUUUUGUAGCAUAUUAGGGAUACACUAUAAGAAUGAGUUCUCAUUUUUUUUUUUUUGAAAUAAAAUACGAGUUAUUCCCACUAGAAUUCAUAAUCAAA